UAUAUAUAGUCUGUUAAAUAAAUUACACGAGAGUGUGUGUAUGUAGUGUUUGUUUGAUGAUUGUUUUUGCGCGCCUUACAAAUUGCCGCCAACCGGUUCUGUGGAAAUUCUCAAAACAAUAAAAUUGAAGGAUACAAAGGAAAUAACUACAUUCACUUAGAAAUAGACACAGAAACCUGCAUAUAGACAUAUACAUAUGGGCCACAUCAACCUUAGAGGAACUGCGAAACUUCUUUGAAAAACAUUUUUCCCUACUCCAUCACGAUGUCAGGAACCAGCACUUUGGGUGCCUACAUAUUUGGCAUGCUUCAGAGUUUUAUACGAUUCAUAUUCCGUCUGGUCUAUGGGUCUAAGGGUGAGAGUAUGCCAGCUAUAACAGAUCCUAUUCUGUUAGAAUCGGCAUCAUCGUUGGCUAAAAAAAUACGAGAGCAAAAGCUAAGCAGUGUCGAAGUGUUGGAGUCCUUUAUUCGUCGUAUCCAAGAAGUGAAUCCCAUUCUUAAUUGCGUGGUAGAUGAACGAUUCGAUGCCGCCCUCAAGGAUGCAGCUGAAGCGGAUAGCCUUAUCAAAUCGGGACAAUAUAGUCUGGAGCAAUUGGCUAAGGAAAAACCGUUUCUGGGUGUGCCCAUAACAACCAAAGAUUGUAUAUCGGUUAAGGGUAUGCUGCACACUGCCGGUUUAUAUGUACGUCGUGAUAUACGUGGAUCUCAGGAUGCCGAUGCCAUAGCCUUAAUGCGUCGUGCUGGAGCUAUUCCAUUGGCCCUCACCAAUGUGUCCGAGGUGUGCAUGUGGUGGGAGAGCAACAACACUGUCCAUGGCCGUACGCGCAAUGCCUAUGAUACGAAUCGCAUUGUGGGUGGUUCCAGUGGGGGCGAGGGAUGCGUUCAGUCAGCAGCUGCUUCAGCAUUUGGCCUCGGCUCUGAUAUUGGCGGCUCAAUUCGCAUGCCUGCAUUCUUCAAUGGCAUCUUUGGACACAAACCAAGCAAACUGGUGGUGUCCAAUGUCGGACAAUUUCCUACCCCCUUCAGUGCUGAGCAGAAUGCGUUUCUGGGUCUGGGACCCAUGUCACGCUUUGCCGAAGAUUUGCGUCCAAUGCUGAAAAUUAUGGCAGGCGAAAAGGCCUCGUCCCUGCAUCUGGAUGAGCCUGUUGAUUUGACUAAGCUUAAGUUUUUCUACCAAGAAUCCGACGGUGGAGCCAAACUUGUGUCCUCUGUUGAUCCGGACCUCAGUGAGGCGCUGCAGAAAGUUGUGAAACAUUUAAACGCGAAAUUCGGCAGCAAACAGGUGGAACGUAUCCAGUUGCCACAAUUCAAGCAAUCGGCAGCCAUUUGGUUUGCCAACAUGCGCGAUGACAGUGGCCAUGGGUUUGCCUAUCAGCUGGGUAACCUGGAUCACGACAUCAACACUUAUUGGGAGCUCUGCAAGUGGCUAGUCGGAGCCUCAAAGCACACAUUUAUUGGCCUGACCACUGCCAUAAUGGACAGUGCCCAGUGUAAACAUGGAUCGUCCAAAUAUCAGCAUUUAGUGCGCAAACGCAACGAUUUACGUGAUGAAAUUCAACGUCUAGUGGGCAACAAUGGCGUCCUUAUAUAUCCCACGCAUCCCACAGUGGCUCCCUAUCACAACGAGCCGAUUCUACGACCAAUUAAUUUUGCCUAUACUGGAAUUGUAAAUGUUCUUGGCUUUCCGGCAACGGCGGUGCCAUUGGGCAUCGGUAGUGAAGGACUUCCGCUGGGCGUCCAAGUCAUUGCCAAUUUCAAUGAGGAUCGUCUGUGCUUGGCCGUUGCCGAGGAACUAGAACGUGCCUUUGGAGGCUGGUCAAGACCAGAAAUUCGUAUCAAUUAAGUCGACAGAUCAGAAGUACAUACAUUUAUAUAUAUGUAGAGACUAGGCUCGUAGUAAAAAGUUAUUGUCCAACCAACCCACCCAUAAUUAUCCAACCAAUUUGUUAUGAUACAAGUCGCUGUGUACCCUUGUGCCUCGUUUAUAUAUCAAAUUUUUGGAAGUGGUUUUUAUCUGUAGAGAAAUAUGUAUGUUUCUUUUUUAAUAAUUAUAAAUUUACUGUUUAGUGUUUAAGAGAUUAAUCUAUAUAUCCUUGUCCAGUUUCGGGAAGGACAAUGUUUGUAUUUUGCAUUUAAAAUAAAUCAAAAAAGCAACAAACAAAAAAUGGAUAUAUAAUUUAGAUCUCAUCUCUUUUGCAGUCUCACAUUAUAUAUGGUGACUAUAACCUGAGAUUUAUCGGGUUUCUUGAGCAAACAUUUCGGCUAUAUAAUAAACAAACAGAGCGACGACUUUGCGAUAAUCAA